AUGGAGUCGCUGACUGACGAGCAGCGCGCGCUGUUCUCCGAUGGGGGUCAGUUAGAUGACUAUGAGGUACUAAAACCCAUUGGAAAAGGAAAAUUCUCAGUAGUGUAUAAGGCCAAGCGACGACAUGAUAAUCAGGCAGUGGCACUCAAGAAGAUCGCCAUUUUCGACAUGAUGAACCUCAAAGCUCGCGAAAAAACACUGAAAGAGGUGCGUCUGGUGCAGUCGGUUGGUCACCCAAACAUCAUUCAAUAUCUGGAUGCAUUCGUCCAGAAUAACGAGCUUUACAUUGCAUUUGAGUGGGCAGAAGCGGGUGAUCUCAAGCGUCAAAUUCGAAAGGCCAAUGAGAAAGGGGUGCGCUUUGAUGAACGCACGAUAUGGAGAUACUUCACGCAGCUCUGCGGUGCGAUUCUGUAUCUACACCAGAACCGAAUUAUGCACCGUGAUCUCAAACCGGCGAAUAUUUUCUUAACUCUCAAAGGGGUAGUCAAAGUAGGUGAUCUUGGAUUGGGUCGAUAUUUAAGCGAAAAUACGAUAGAGGCUCGGUCGAAAGUGGGGACGCCGCUGUAUAUGUCGCCGGAGGUGCUGCGUGGCGAAAGUUACGACUGGAAAAGCGACGUGUGGUCUAUGGGGUGUAUUUUGUACGAACUUGCGAUGCUUCGAUCGCCUUUUAAGUCGGAAGGGUUGAAUCUUGUGGGGCUGUUCCAGAAGAUUAACAAAGGUUACUAUGAAGAGAUCCCGGAGGUCUAUAGUGAUCAUCUACGCGGAAUUAACGAGACCGCCCAGUGCUGUAUUGCAGGAACGAAUGCAAAAACAUCAGGCUGCCUCUCAAAGCAACAAUAG